GGGCAGGGGUGGGGCGCUGGCACUCCGUGCGCACUGCGCAUGCGCCUCCCGGCCGUGCCGUGUGCAGCGGGGCCGGCGCGUGCGCGGUUGCCGGGGCGACUGGAACACAACAUGGCGGCCUGAGCGGAGCGCCGGGAGCGGGGCCGGGUCGGGCCCGGCCGCUCAUCCGCUAACCCCGGCACCUGCGGGACGGCGCGGGAGGCACAGUGAGAGGUGAUGAAAACCCUUGGUUCCCUUUUACUGGUAUGUGAAUUUAUGGCCAUGACUAUUUAUGAGCUGAUAAAAGGAAGGAGAAAGCCAUUGCCUGAAAAAAAAAUCAGGAACAACAUGUACCAGAUAUGCAAAUCUCCAGAUUGUGUACAUAGAAAUGGGAUAUUUCAGAGAGAUGGGCAACAAGAAAACAUAAUAAUAAAGCAGAACAUCCUGAAGUUAAGAGAUUUUGGAUCUUGUAGGAGUAUCUAUUCUCAGCAGGCACACAGUACCUCCCCAUGCUGGUACUGAGCACCUGAAUGUUUGCUUACAAAUGGGCUCUAUAGUUACAACAUUGGCAUGUGGAGUCCUGGCUGUGUUUUCUAUGAAAUCACAAGUAUUUUCUCUGUUUUAGCUCUGUGUAGAGUAUGGCACAUUUCCUCUCAUGAGCAUCACAAACUAUUCUCAGUCUUGUUAAUACACUUAAUGUUUCCAGCCUUUUUUCUUGGAUAUAAUGAGCUAAACCACAUCUCAAAAAUCCAUGAAGUGAUAGGCACUCCUGGUAACAAAACUCCAAAGUUUCAAGCAAAAGGAAAAGGAAAGUCUUCUCUUGUGCACAAAUUGCCUUUCUAUUUCCUGUGUGCAAUGAUAAGCUAUGACCCCAAUGAGAGAACUGCUGCCCAUCAAACCUUACAGCACCUUUAUUUUCAAGAACUGUGGCAAACAGCCAAUAUAUGAGCUUUAACCAUGCUCAAAAAAUUAAGAGUAGUAGGAAAUAUGUUGGGGCAAGUACCUCGGUAUUUGUGGCAAAUUUCAAAAGCAAGUCCAAGACACUUUGAAAGCAUGAACUCUCCUUCUACAGGAGAAGCUACUUUUUCAAUGAAUUUAGUUCUGGGAUUCAUCAGUUCUGAGAAACAGAAGGCACUUCAGUCUUCCCUGAAACAUUUCCAUUUGCCUGCUAUAGAAGGAAUAGAAGUGAGGAAAAGCCUGGCUGUGCAGUGAGAGAGACCCAGUCACGCUUCUGUUGUUGGAGAUCUAACAAGAACAGUAGUGCCUGAUUUUGUCUUGCUCUGACAAUUUGCAGGAAAACCCCACAAGGUGGAUCUUACUCAGUUUGGCACAUACAGUACUUCAAGGAUAUUGAUUUCCUAACAAGUUCUUUGCUGUUAAACCUCUGGAGACAACUUACACUUCUCUGGCUGUUGGAUGAAAAGGCAAACUUGAGUUUUCCUACCUGCUUUAUAGUUAAAAUAUACCCAAACUUUAAACUACAAACUGGCAAGUAUAGUUCCUACCCUCAUUCUUCCAGCUAAAAUUCCAUACUGAGAUUAUCUGUGUUCCACUCGCUUUUAAUUAUUUUUUUAAUGUAGUAGGAAAAAUAUUUUUAUUAAAAGCUGUAUCUACAGCAGCAGUCUUAAGUUCCUUCCAGGUAAGUUAUUAGUAUCCUGUUUCUUACUAAAAUAAUUUUUUUCCAGAUGGAAUAGAGUGUGGUAUGGGCAAUUCAAGCUUCUAGAUGAUUGCCCUAAUAGUAAAGAAGAAGCUGAAAAAAGAAAACCCACACACAUUCCUUGUGUGCUGCUGGACUACAAUUUGUGGCAGGGACAUACCCUGCCAACACGGAUGUGAGUAGUUGCUGUUGUUCCCCUGAUGUUGGAUAUUGCAUUUCUUUCCCUACUGGUUUUGUAUUUUUCCAGCUGAAGGAAAGAAGUCUUUUAAAGUUACUGCGUAUUUUUUCAACUAUUUCACUUUGACUCAGACCAUAUGAAGCACUUAUAUAGAAGAAGUCUAUGGGGAGAUAACUACACUAGUUUUCAGUGACAAGGUUUAUCUGUAUUUUAACAGUUAAACCCACUAUGUUAAUAAAACAAAACUUCUGAAAAAUAA